CAAAAUCCUCCAUGAACCACUUUGAGAUACAGCGAGCUGAGGCCGUUGGACCAGGGGCCCCACAGUUUCUUUCCAGUGCAUUAUUAUCUGUAAUAAUGCAUCAUAUCUUAUAAACCGAUACCGUGCCUUGUAUGGAGAAGCGUAAGUAGUCAGAGCCGUCAGAUAAGGGUAGUGGAGCAUAAGUAUGAAGUCGCAUUAAAUCUUAAUACUCAAGUAAAGCACACGUACCUCAGAAUUAAAUUACUUAAGUGCAGAACUUUGUGUAAAUGUGUUUGCCACUUCUGGAAAACGGCCCCCGGCACGAACGGCACAUUUCGCCUUCAGCUUCAGAGGAAUAAAUGAGGCAUAAUUGAGGCAGCAGCUCACAGGUGACCUGACUUAAUGUGGCUAACGAGGGAGCAGAGCUGAGAGGAUCCAGUCAUGCUGCGUCUGCUUCUCGCUGCAGUUUUAUUUGUUGAAAACCCUCGGGAUGUCGACUCCAGUCCUAUAUGGGAAGUCAAAAAAGUUCGGGAGGACUUGCUCAUCAUGGCGUUGCAAUAUAUGGAGGAUAACCCGGAGACUUUGGAAGAACUGAUGUCCAAGGACUAUGCAGUGCUGGAGGGCGACAUGAUACUGUCACACGACAGGAAUGCAGUGGAAAGAACAUGGCCAACGAGGGAGAUACCGUACGUCGUCAGCCCAGAGUUAGCCGGUCGGACGGACCACAUCCUCUCCGCUAUGGCGAUGGUGUCGGAACAAACCUGUCUCUCCUUCCACAACCGGACCGCUGAGACGAACUACCUGCACUUCAAGACCAGCAAAGGUUGUGCGUCCUACGUGGGCUUCAUCGGCGGCGAGCAGGCCGUGUUUAUCGGGCCCCCGUGCAUCGUGGGUAACAUCGCCCACGAGAUUCUCCACGCUCUGGGCUUCCACCACGAACACACGAGGGCGGACCGCGAGCGGUACAUCACCAUCCUCACGCACAACAUCAUGGCAGGGAUGGAGAGAAACUUCAAGAAGCAGGAGGGCAAAACCUUUGACCUUCCGUAUGACAUCGCCUCUAUCAUGCACUACGGAAGGAAAUUCUUCUCGGCGAACGGUUUGCCCACCAUCGUCCCAAACGAAGAGCAGAGGGAGAUGGGACAGAGGGUUAAAAUGACAAAGCUGGACGUCGAGAGAGUUCGUCUACUCUACCACUGCGAUGCCCCAGAAAAACAGACUGAGACUGAGAAGAUAAGCGGCCACGCUGAGGAGGAGGAGGAGGAGGAUGCGAACAUUCACGUCAUGGUCCAGACUGUCAGUGUUUCCUUCGGCUCAGGCCACCAGAGUCACGUUCCUUCCAACAAACCAGAGGAGAAUCUCUCACCUACUACUGCAGCUCCAGCUGCUUCGCUGCCGCACCUGGAUGCGGCCACUGGAAGGCGCCACAACACCAGCGGACAACGGGCCUAGGCCCAGCUGUGAAUGGCCCCUUUUCCUUAAUAAAAGCAAAAUAUACAGACCGGUA